AUGGCAGCAGCAGCGGGUGUGGGCGACGCCGCCCAGACGGCAAGCAAGCCGGCGGCCCCGGGAGCAGGACCGGAAAGCGUUUCCGAGGUCGACCCGGCAACGAUCGACGGCGGCCGCCAAGAGGCGACCGAUGCAGGGGGAGGGAACACCGCGCAAGCCCCUCCUGCCGCCGCAACCACAGGAACUAGGGCCGCAGAACUCACCCCGGGAGGCACCGCGGCCGACGCGGAGGCCACCCCUGUGGUGACGGUGGAGCAACCCCCCACCGGACAGAGCAGGGACGGAGGGGGCUCUCCUGGCGUCCAAGCCACCGACCCGGUGUUAACCGGGGAGGCAGCGGACACCGGGUCUGAGCCCCUCGAACUCGCCGCACCGAAGGCCCGCCGCGAGCGAUCGCCUAGUCCCCCGGUGGAGGCAAGGGUCGAGCUCGCGGCUGGUGGAAUCGGAAGGACGCACUUACCGGCGCCAGCACCCGAGGACGUGGUGCGGUCACAAGCGGUGGCCGUGGGUGCCUCCUCGAGUUCCGGGGCGAUCGCGGGCGCAGGCGUCGAGAUCUCUCGGCUGAAGGACAAGCUCCGGAGCCAGAAGGCGGAAACCGAGCUCGCGCGCCGCAACCACGCGAAGCUCGGGAGCCAGCGCCAAGAAAGCACAGCCCUGCUCCGCAGGUUGGCAGAGGUGGGGAACGAGUCGCUGGCGAAGCUGGGGGUAGCCCCGACAACCAUCGACGGCAGCGACGUCAGCACCCUCACCCCCUUCUUCGCGGAGUUCGUGGGAAGGCUGACGGCCGUGGAGGACCGCAUCCGCAGCUUCGGGGACCGGCAAGUGAGUGUCGCCGCAUCUCAGGUUGCCGCCGCCAUCCUGCUGAGGGUCCACCAGGCCUAUCCGGACUUCCCCUUCGAGACCAUCUUCAACGACUGGUCGCCGGAGGAGAACAAGGAGGAGCAUGCCAACGCCGUUAGCCACUUCGUCGAUGAGAUGGUCGUGCGGAUGACGGGGCAGGCUGGUGCUGGUGACGAUGAGGAGGAGGCUGCCGCCGAGGAGGCACCCGCCGCCGAGUCUGCUGCCCCGGAAGCACCCCCGCUUCUAGCCAGUCAUGGAAAGAAAGUGGUGACGAAGCCCAAGGCUGAGAAGAAAGAAAAGGCCAAGAGAUAUAAGGAUGUGCCUCCUCCCACAACUGAAGAAAUCUUCGUUUUCUAUUCCUCAGAAGACGAUGUUGAAGGGGAGACCAGGAUGAAGAGAAAGCAUCGUCUCCAGCACAUCAUUCGUAAGCAUUCCCAUGUGCUCGCAACUGAGAUCAGAAGAGGAACCAAAGAGGCUGAGAACACCAACAUGUACUUUCCUGCACCUAAGUUGGGGCACUUCAAGAUUGUCCGCAAGGAUGGAGGGCCUCAUCGUGAGGAAUUCAACAAGAAGGCUCUGAAGAUCAUCAGAGACAUCAAUUAUGUUGACAUCUCUUCUUGCUGCAUUUGA